GGGGUUUAGCGAUUGGUGGAAGCGGCGGCGGCGUCGUGGGCAGCAUCAAAAUGAUCGCGGGCGAUGACGGCGAUGGCAACGGCUGUGUCGCGGGCGGCAUCGCAGCCGCCUGUUCGAAAACAUCGCGGAGCUCCCUGCCAGGAGCGUCAGAGCCACCCCUGGCUGCUGCUGCUGCUGCUGCUGAGGAUAUCGGCGUCCAAACCGCUGCAAACGCACCCGCAGCGGCGUUGACAACUGCCACUGUCUCGUAUCCGCUCCACUGCACAUCCCCGGGGCCACACCCGCAAGCGACCUCACCGCAAUCGCCGACCACCCCCGGGGGCAGUCGCACAACGGUUGCUAGUAGUCUCGCAGUUGCUGCCGCCCCGCUACCGCCUUGCGACGUGUGCUUCGAGCUGCCUUCAGACCUGGCGCUGCGCCCCUGCAGCCACCGCCUGUGUGCGCAGUGCAGCCGGCGGGUGGUGCAGCUGUACGGCAGGCAGGUGACGGCGGCGGGGCGGCCGAUGAUGACGUCAUCAAGGACGGGUCGGGGGUUGUCGGCUGGCGGCGCCGCCGCACCGCCGCCGCGGUGCCCUUUCUGCAUGGCGACCAUCAGAGGUUUCACCCCGGCGGACUCUGUAAUGGGUAAUUACACAGUGGUGGCGGAGGGGGCGGAGGGAGCCCAUGUUGUGGGUUGAAGGAGGGAUGGUGGCAGCGGUAGAAGGGCACAGUCCACAUCGGAAAAAAAACUGAGCGUGGAACGGAAGCAGCGGGGGCGGGUACGAGAAGAGGAGGGAGGUGGAGUGCGCAGCUAUCACAGCAGCCACACUCGUUAGUUUGGGAGUGAUGGGUUUCGUUGUUGAAUGCGUUUAGUUUCGGUAGGAUUGGGACGCCUUUCAUGCUAGCGGAAUUGCGAGUGCAGCAAUGCAUGAAUUCCUUUUCCUUUGCCGCUAUUGGCAGCAGUGAUUAACUGUCCCUGGGGAUUGUGUUAUUUAAGGAGACAUAUUCUUACGAAAGGCACAUUGGUAGUAGCAGUAGUGGUACGGGUAACAGUAAACUAGACCAUAGUAUUGGAGCCAGGGGCCCAGGAGAAGGGCCUGUGAUGCCUGCAUGCCGUGAGGAGGUCUUAGCCUUCUAGGUCACUACCCACAUAGAGGCAACCCUCUGGCAUGCAGUUGCAAUUUUUCUCCCCCUCUGGUCUGCACUUGUGAUUGCGCCAGGCAGCUCGGGAUAUGCCAGUAGAUAUAUUCUCAUGUUAACACGUUUGUUAGCAGGCUUUAAUUGCCCCCAUGUUUCUUUGCAAUUUCCAGAGUGCUCAGUGAUCUCCAUUGAAGGCUUUGGGUAAUGGAACUGGUAGCCGUAUCCACCUUUUGGAGCCGUUCAGGUGUUUAGGCGCGCGGCACGUGGUAUGCUUGGUGCUCAUUCAUGCGGGCAAUUCCUAAAAUGUGGCCUUCUGGGAUGAUGCGCCUCAAAUGCGGGGCUGAGCAGGCAGCUUGCAAACUGCCUUGCAAGUUAUGAGGUGUGUUGGAGGUUGUGGCACCAGCCCCUUCCCCCACCGAGAUGCAUACGACAAAAACUCCACAGACGGCUGCAGCACUCCACGCUAGUUCGGGCGUAGAAAGCUGCAAUGGCAAGGGUUAACUUGUCGCCGUAACAACUGCCUUGUGCUUGGACGAGCAGCACGGCCAUCCUGUAAAACCGUAACUUGGACGCUGAGUUCAUAGAUGAAGAUGUUAAGCAAGAGCACAUCAGUUUUUUUAAAUGGUAUCCAAGCCGUCGCAAGCACUUACCAACUCGGAUGCUGUCUUGGUGAAUGCCACUCUCUUUGUCACGUUAACCUGUUUUGCCGAGUUCCUUAGCCAUGUAGGCAAAUGUGUUAGGGAGGUGUCCUGUUGCACCGAGUGUGCGGAGGCACGAAGAGCGCAUUCGCACAUACUGCCCGCGUUGGCACAACUUGAAGGCUACCCCUGCGACGCGGCUACAACAGAGCGUCUUGCAUACCUUGUGCCGCGGCUUCGCCAAGUGCUUGGGGUCUAUACGUCGUCGCCAGUGGCCGAGUUACCGAUGCUUUUGGCCUUAUCGCUUGCCCUCAUUUUCCUAGCGCUCUGGUUACUUGGGUUUGCUUCAGGGCGAUGGAGACGUCAAGUUGCCUUUGCCUACCUCACGGCUAUGGUGUUGAACGACACAGUGCUGCCUGGUGCCCUACUGUGGCUCAUGGGUCCAGCAACAAUAACAACGCAUGCCAUACAUAUACUUCCAAUCCUGUUUACGGGUCCUCUCAUCGCUGCAUUUUUCACGUUACCGCUGGGCUUUGUGACAUUUUACUCGGCUUGCACCGUUGUGGGAACGGCUAUCAGCUGCUUGGCAUUGCGGAGCAAGGAGCCAGUUCUGCUUCCAAUGGGUCACGGACAUCUAAUCCAUGUAGCGGUCAAUUCCAUCCUCGCCAGCAUGGCCGCUUGCGCCUACUCCCGCUACCGGGCCUGGUUCUGGACUUCCUGUUUGCGGCCUGCAUUCCACGCGUGCGGCCGCUUGCUGUCAGGACCUGCUUGGUGGACAACAGCCCCGACCAAUAACAGGAAGCGGAUGAAGGGCCCCCAGUGCGCUGCUUCCACACGUUGCCAGAAGCCCGAGAACGCGUGCCUUUCCGCAGCCACCACCCAUGCCUCAGGCGUCAGCGUUGUGCGGAGAGGAGCUGCAACCGCAGCCGGGAUUGGCCGCUCAGUUGCCGUACAACCAGCCAUCCCUGCCGUACCAGCAACUUCUCGACCAGCUUCACGCCUAUUUCCGCAUCCACCUCAAGCUCUUGCGGGUCAGAUAGAAACCAGCCCUGCUGGCCAACCACCGGGUGUCACCGCCGAUGUAGCCGGGGACGCCCAGGACCACUACUGUGCCAUUGUAGCAGGAGCAGCAGCGGUAGCAGCCUCAGGAUCAGCCGCUAGCAGAGCUCUUGCUCCUGUGUCUGCUUCUGCUCCAGUUCCUGCUGUGACGGGGGCAGCUGCGGCGGCCACCGUCGCUGUGGCCCCUCUGCCUCCGCAACCACUCUCGCCCACACGGACACGCGCACCACCCGCAACUGCUUUAGCUGCCAUCCCACGCCGCGCGGUGGGUGUUCCGCAAUCACAGCAGCAACAGGCUCAGGACGACGUGUGUGAGGUCAGGGGGGACCAGCAGGCAGCACCCCGCCAACCUGUUUCCAGUGUGGGUGUGCUAGGGCAGCUUGAAGACACAGCGCAGCAGCUUGCAGCAGCCGGGGCGGGGACACCUGAAGGAACACAAUGGCAUGUGCUGCGACCACAGUUACAAACCCGGCUGCAAACGCGGCCACCGCAAGCUCCCUCCGGGCAUCCAGACAGCAGGACGGCUCGGACCUGUCGAGCCUCCUACGGCCCCUACUCGGGCUCAGCAGGCUCUGCCGCUGCUUCCGUUGUGAUGACGACACCCCAACCGUUUCACGCGCCGCAAGGCGCUAUGCCCCCAGGAGCUGACGGCCCCCAGACCAGCAUUAGCAACACUCCUGGUAGCAACAACAGCACCAGCACUGGCAACAGCCCUGGCAGCAGUGCUAAAAGUAGCAACGGCUGCCGCAACCAUGAAAGCAGUGGCAGCAGUGGGCCGCGCGGAUUGUGCCGAGGGGACGCAUGCAACGCAGGCCGGAUGUUGCACAGAGCGAGAGAAUUGGUGGGCCGGUCGGCCGGCGCGUGCGAGUACGAGGGGGGCAUGCCCUUGCUAAGGCUGACGUUUCGACUGCCCUCGACAUCGGCCGGCAGGGAUUCGCCGCCUGACUGGGAGGGCGAGGUGUUGCAUGGGGUGUUGUGCAGGUGUGGGCGAGGGUGUGUGGGUGGUGAGGGUGAGGGCAUGCCGAUGACGAGAAGGGAGGGUCAUUCGUGUGCGGGUUUGAGGGGACGAAGUCGGGAAAUGCCCCAUAACAUGAUGUGAGUGGAAGGGCCGGUUACCUUUAGCGGCAGUCGUACUGUAUCCCUUGCCCACCUGUCAUUCAUCUCGUUCUGUCCUUCCAUAUCCCGACUUCGCCUCCUCCCGCCUUGUGCGCAGGUUACCGGGGCUGCACGUCCUAAACACCUAUGUUCGCUUCCCUGAGACGCCUUCCAUCGGGCAACAGGAUGGGGGGGCUUAUGGGCGCUAGGGCGGAUGGGGCGCCCUGGGGGCCGGCAGCAGGGCCGGCGGCGGUGUCCUAAGAGUCUUGGCUAGAGGCGACAAGACAGCGCAGCCUCGGUCCAUGGAUGUUGCGCGUAGCGAGAGGGGGGAUGGAUAGGCCUACGCUGCCCUUCAGCAUUGACUGUAGCACUGGGUUUGCAUGCGAGGUUGGAAUGGGCCUAGAGCGUAUUGCAUGGCUUGGUGACUUGGAUUGCAUUGGACUAUUAUAGCUUGCUUUCGCUGUACUUCCUUGACGAAUACUAACCGCAUACGGCAUACCGGCUUUGGUGUUUUACAUGGUUGAGUGACCGUUAGAAUGGUUUCCCAAUUCUAUAGGGAGCACGGGUGUGUGAAGAACGCAACCCUCCACUGUGAAAGAACUACAAUACAAGCAUGUUGGGGUUGUAGAGCAGGUAAGGGAAAGACGAACUGAAUUAUGAAAGUGACUGGUGGUAUUGUUAACGCAUGUAAUCUUGUCAGUGAACGUACACUAUUAUAUAUUUGGCUUGUACGGUAAGAUAAGGGUUGCUAAAAUGCGUGUCCCUGUUACGAUGAGUGCACCAACAAUUUAACUAAACGCGUUAGCCCUACGCAUGAGCGUUGCACGGUGCGGUUGGUUUGAGCACUUACCUGGCGGAAGCGAAUGGUGAUUCGGGUUGGUUGUCAGUGUGUGCCGACGUCGUCUAGUGAAGUGAGCGAAAAUUGAAAUACCAUAACAUUUACAGCAGCAGCAGGGGGAAAGUUCGUAAACGCGAGGGCAGACCCCAUGAUUCUAGGGUUUGCAAUCUGCCCAACAUUUUCUCAUAGAGUUCUUGGCCUCCCCUGGCUCGUACGGAUACAAUAUAAUUUUGACCGAAUG